CUUCUAUUGCUAACCAUCACGUUUCUACACCUUACUGUUUCUUGAUCUCUGUAUAACAUACGAAUUUGUAAAUUUCCUAGCCGAGACUGAUUUUUUUAUAUCUCCACCGCAGUCAUGUCAACUCUGGAGGAUCUCGAUGAUCUUGAGCGUGAAGACAGGGACAAGAAGGACCAGGGUGAUGAUAAGGGGAAAAAACAAGACCGGGAUGGUGAUGCUGAAAUGAAAGAUUCAGAAGAAUGCAAGAAGGAGGAAGAGGAAGAAGUGCUAAUAGAUGACGAAAUCCUGCGAUCAAGUACCAGAGAUAUCAUCAACCGACGGAAACUGCUAGAGAAUGACAUGAGAGUCAUGAAGAGCGAGUUCCAGCGUUUGUCACAUGAACAGAAUACGAUGCAGGAGAAAAUAAAGGAUAACAUGGAUAAGAUUGAGAAUAACCGACAACUACCAUAUCUCGUAGGCAACGUUGUUGAACUUCUUGAUCUUGAUGUUGAAAAAGAAGCUGCAGAGGAGGGUGCCAAUAUUGACCUGGACGCCACUCGGGUUGGAAAAUCUGCUGUUAUCAAGACUUCGACCCGCCAAACUAUCUUCCUCCCCCUCAUCGGCCUUGUCGACCAUGAGAAGUUGAAACCAGGCGACCUCAUCGGUGUUAAUAAGGAUUCAUACCUUGUAUUGGACACUCUACCAGCUGAAUAUGACAGUAGGGUGAAAGCCAUGGAAGUUGACGAGAAGCCAACAGAGAAGUAUACCGACGUUGGAGGAUUGGAUAAGCAAAUCGAGGAGCUUGUUGAGGCAGUGGUAUGGCCGAUGAAAGAGGCUGAGCGGUUCAAGAAGAUUGGUAUUAAAGCACCAAAAGGAGCCCUCAUGUAUGGCCCGCCCGGCACAGGUAAAACUCUUCUUGCCCGUGCCUGUGCUGCUCAAACAAACGCCACCUUCCUCAAACUCGCCGGGCCCCAGCUUGUCCAGAUGUUCAUCGGAGACGGCGCGAAACUUGUCCGUGACUGCUUUGCCUUAGCCAAAGAAAAGGCUCCGUCAAUUAUCUUUAUCGACGAACUUGACGCUAUAGGUACAAAACGCUUCGACUCGGAAAAGUCCGGUGACCGCGAGGUCCAGCGAACUAUGCUCGAACUCCUCAACCAACUGGAUGGCUUCGCCUCUGACGACCGCGUCAAGGUGCUUGCUGCCACGAAUCGUAUAGAUGUGCUUGAUCCCGCCCUCUUGCGCUCGGGUCGUCUGGAUCGCAAGAUUGAAUUCCCUCUCCCGAACGAGGAAGCUCGCGCUCAGAUCUUGCGCAUUCAUUCCCGUAAGAUGGCCGUCGACGACGGCGUAAACUGGGCCGAACUGGCGCGGAGUACAGAUGAGUUUGGUGGUGCGCAGUUGAAGGCUGUGUGUGUGGAAGCUGGAAUGAUCGCCUUGCGAAAGGGGAUGAAUAAGGUUGGCCAUGAGCAUUACGUUGAUGCCAUUGCUGAGGUGAUGGCGAAGAAGAAGGAUUCAAGCACAGGCAUCUAUGUUUGAUUAUUAUUUGUUCCCUAUUAUCUACAAUCGUUAUUCCUUUGCUGUGAGCAGCACUUGCUGACGCCUCUUCUCUCUUUUCCGUGGUGAGUUUGUUGUUAUUCAUGUGUGAGAAUAGCAAAAUGAAUUCAACACUGAAACCGAAGGGUUCUUAGGACGGAUUGGAUCAAUCCUGGUGUUAAGCAUAUUAUGUGGUUAUUUUGAACAUAGUUCCUGCGAUGCGGGCGAUAUCUUUGCAAGAAAGCAACAGCAAAUGACCUCCUAGUAUUGUCAUCGCAAAAAUUUGCUGAGCGCGUUGUGCAUGUUCACCACCUUCAUGGACGCUGGAGCAGAUCACCCGUAUUUUCAAAGAACACCCGAUACAAAUAGUAAAAUCACAAGAAUUACAUACAG